AUGGAGAUUGAGGCCAUGAAUAGGUAUACCAACCCAGUGAACCCUCACCUGACUGUGGUACUUCUGGCCAUCAGCAUGUCCUCCACCGCCUGGUUCUUCGUUUAUGAAGUCACCUCUACCAAGUACACGCGCGAUAUUUUCAAAGAGCUCCUCAUCUCCUUGGUGGCCUCACUCUUCAUGGGCUUUGGAGUCCUCUUCCUCGCGCUCUCGGUUAGCAUCUACAUAUGA